ACAUAUUUUCCCAUGAUCAUAUGUUUUAUGUACAAAUUUAAAUAAUCUAUCAUUUACCUUAGUUAUAGAAUUCGGCUAUUACGAAAAGAAGAAACUUUUGAUAACAGAAUGCUUUCGUCGAGCGAAGAUGAAUAUCUAUAUCGAUCAGCGAGGAGGGACAAGUACUGGGACGCUCCAAGCACACAGCAAAAGAAGGAAAUGAAAAAGGCCCACGACAAGAAGAUCAUAGAAGAGAAGUCGGAGACAUCCGGAGACGAGAGCGAAAACGAGACGACGUCGAACACGAGCAGUGAUAGAAUGAAGAAAAAUCAGGGAAAACAAGAGUACUCCGACAACAUAUAUAACUCGCAGAGAUAUGCGGGCAUCGGCUCUCUCGACGACUUUAGCGAGUCGUCGAGCAGCUGUAACGAAAAGAACGAUUCGAGCGAGAAGAACGACGACGAGGAAAAGGCGAGCGAAGACACCGAAGAAAAAAGAAAGUCCGAUGCGGAUUCGGCGGAAGACCAGACGGAAAGCGAGGACAACAGGAACGACUGCCUCCAGCAGGACGAUCUCAAGUGGCUCAACUCCAUUUUCAAAAAUGAGAACAAUGCGAAAUUUUGGACUCAGCCCAGCGGUAACGAAAACACCUGUUAUUCCACGGAACUUCCGACCAAAGACAAAGGCGCGUUGAGUUCUAAAGAGGACGAAAGUACAGACAAAGAGGAAAAGAAAGAAGACGCUGGAAAAGAAGGCAGCGAAUUCUGCGAUGACGACAACUGCUUUCAUAAUCAUGUCUGCUACAACGAAGGGGAAAAUGGUUCGGACUACCUGAAAGACAGACUGGAGAAGUUGCAAGGCGAACUGUCCUCAAUGAGGAAAGAAUUGGCCGAAACCAGACUCGCGCUGGAGAAGGAAAGGAAGGAAGUCGAGGAACAGGAAAAGUCCAGUGCCACCAGACUGAUGCUGCCGUCCGUCGCUUCCGACGUCUUCCUGGACAACCCCAUCUCACUUGGCAGGCCAUACACAGCCCAUUCUAGUUUUAAUGACCACACGUCGGACCCCUUGUGCAGGCCGUUGACCGUGUCCAGUUUCACCUUCGACCUCGAGAAUAAGCUGAGGAACUCGCGGGAGGACGCGUCCGCUGGUUACAAAGCCACACUGGACACCCUCGAGAAGUUAAUGAAUAAUGAACUGUCCAACAUCCAGGACAACAUGGGCCGCCUUGAGCCACUGACCAAAAUGGCGGCCAACUGGGAAUCCGAACCGAUCCAGGAGAGGAAGUCCCUCAUCUACAGGCAUGACUGCACCGUCAAGGUAUUGUCCUCACAAGGGCAGACGGACAUGGGGAACCGCAAGAUACACGAAAGCCGACUAUUGGAAUCGUGAUAGGUUCCUCACAGGGUUCAUCACCUCUGGACAUCAAGGUGAGAUUUCAGACUCUGAGAGUGUUGCCCAUAAGAUAACUGGCCACUUAUUAUUGGGAGGUGCACCAAUACACAGCUGUUGGGGGUGUUGAAGAGGCUUGUUUUCUGAAUCCUUCCAGGCAGCGAGGAAAGGAAGGAAGGAAGUCGUCAAAUCCUCCACAUCCAGGGCAUCUGUCGUCCUGCGUUGGUGCGCGGUCGUCUGUAACCGUCCUUAUCUUGACCACCUUAUGUUUUUAGUUUCCUUGAUUAUCGGAAAGGAAGGACACGGAACUCAUCGUCCGUGACCCUUCUUUCGUCGUGAGGAAGGAAGACUGCCAGUGUUGAGUUUUGAAAGAAAAGCGAAAUGCAUUACCAGAAUUAUAACUAUUUU